AUGUCUCCUUCCGCUACUUUUGACGCUCCGUCCGGUGGACAGUCCAACCGUUUUCAGAUUCUCGUACCGGAAAAGGUUUCUCCGGAUGGAUUGGCUUUACUCACUCCUCACUUUGACGUCGACAUUCGUAAAGGCCUAUCAGCUGCGGAGCUCGUCAACUUAAUUCCCAAUUACCAUGGCCUGAUUGUACGCUCCGAAACUCAAGUCACUGCCGAGGUAGUUCAGGCUGGACGGAAACUCAGAGUUGUUGCCCGAGCUGGCGUUGGAGUAGACAACAUCGAUGUUCCUGCCGCAAGCACACAGGGUGUCAUUGUUGUAAACUCUCCCUCCGGCAACAUCCUUGCAGCGGCAGAACACACAAUUGCUCUCCUCCUUUCCGCCGCUCGCAAUGUGGGACAGGCAGAUGGCAGUGUGAAGGAAGGCCGCUGGGAACGAAGCAAGCUUGUAGGUGUUGAGGUUGGUCGCAAAACACUCGGCAUCAUUGGUUUAGGCAGAGUCGGGCUGAAUGUUGCUCGCAUGGCCAAAGGUCUGGGUAUGAUUGUCAAGGCAGUCGACCCUUAUGCGAGCGCAGAUAUGGCUCGUCAAACUGGCGUAGAGCUAGUUCCUGGGUUGGAAGAUUUACUCCCUGUGGUCGACUUCUUGACCAUUCACACACCUCUGCUUGCUACGACGCUGGAUCUGGUUAGCGAAGCAGAGUUCAAGAAGAUGAAGAAGACAGCACGCGUGCUCAACGUUGCCCGCGGCGGCGUGUAUAACGAGGAAGCUUUAAUCAAGGCCUUGGAUGAGGGAUGGAUUGCAGGAGCAGGCAUCGAUGUCUGGUCUUCAGAACCACUGGUUGCAGACUCAGCAGCAGCCAGACUCAGCAAACAUCCCAAGGUGGUGGCAACACCUCACCUGGGAGCGUCGACAGUUGAAGCUCAGGAGAAUGUUUCUAUGGAUGUCUGCAAACAGGUCCUGGAGAUUCUUCAAGGAGGUCUCCCUACCAGUGCAGUCAAUGCCCCAAUCAUCAUGCCAGAAGAGUAUCGCAAACUGCAGCCUUCGGUACAGCUCGUUGAAAAGAUGGGCCGCCUAUACACAGAACACUUUGUGCGCAGCAGAGGAGGCAUGUUGGGAGGCCGUCGAUUCGAGCUCAUCUACCACGGAGAUCUGGCCAGUAUGCCCAAUACGAAGCCAUUGUUCGCUGCUCUUGUCAAGGGGCUCGUAUCAACGUUCAGCGACUCGCACAUCAACAUGGUCAACGCAGCGCUGAUUGCAAAGGAGAAAGGCAUUGUCAUCAGUGAGACUCGUGCAGGCGAUUCUCCAUCAACAUAUUCCAACCUGGUGACGUUACGGUCAUACAAAGCCGGUGGCAACGGCAGCGAGCAAGUGAUUGAAGGCUACGCGAGCGACGAACGAGUCUUUAUCUCCAAGCUGGACCGAUUCAAUGGCGUAUUCACACCAGAAGGAACCCUCAUCAUCCUACACAACUACGACGAGCCUGGAAAGAUUGGGGGAGUGGGGAUGGUGCUUGGCAAGCAUGGUAUCAAUAUCAAAUUCAUGCAGGUGGCCAGUCUGGAUCCCGAAGCAACCAAGGGAGCUGAUACACCGCCUGACCCGAACGGAAACGAGGCAUUGAUGAUUUUGGGUGUGCUCGGGCCGGUGAGUGAUGAAGUUUUGGAGGGAUUGAACAAUUCUGAGGGUGUGCUUGAUGUAAGUCUGGUGAAGCUAUGA